UGUGUGAUCUGCGCGCUGCGUGUAUGGAGGAAGCAGCUGCUGAUCUGAUCUCUGACAUUGUGUGAACAGACAUCUGAAUAAACUGCGCGCAGACGUGUCUUCAAACAUACCGCACCGGGGCACGACUUGCAUGAUUGCAUGGAGAAGAGGAACAGAGAGGCAGCUAAGAGGUGCAGUGGAGGCAGACAGUCACAGUUGCAGCGAAGCGCCUCUAGGGAAACUUAAGAAAACAAGACCUCUUUGAUUUAAUGGGUCCAAUCAUUGGGAUGUCACCAGACAAGAAAACGGAAAUUCCGGGUAUGCAAGAGGAGCGGACAGGACUCAGAGGUGUUUGUGGUGUGGGAACACUGCCUGAGGCAGAGUGCGCAUCCAGUCCACUGGCGACAAGCGUGGAUCGUACUGGAGGUACAGAGGAUGAGGAACUCACCAACCUCAACUGGCUCCACGAGAAUCUUCUUCAGAACUUCACUCUGGGGGGUCCCGAGGCCCAGCCAAGCGGCAGUCCACUCUUUGAUAUAGAAGGAGACUACGGGUCAAACCAAGGCCCGUCGUCAUCAUCCUUGUCUUCUUCACACAGCAGAAGCAGGGAGCGGGACUCAUUGAAGUCAAAACCCCCUUUUUCAUUUUCUCUGCUUAUCUACAUGGCCAUUGAGCAGUCUCCCAGCAAGUCUUUGCCUGUUAAAGAAAUCUAUGGCUGGAUUCUCGAGCACUUCCCUUAUUUCUCCAAUGCUCCCACCGGCUGGAAGAACUCAGUUCGUCACAACUUGUCUCUGAACAAAUGCUUCCGCAAGGUUGACAGGAGUUUGGGGAAGGCCAGUGGAAAAGGUUCUCUCUGGUGUGUUGACCCUGAGUACCGCCCCAACCUAAUCCAAGCUCUUAAGAAGCAGCACUUCCCAGCCGCACAUGCCUUCUGCACACCACCCGCCUCCCCACCCAGUGCCUCCUCACCCCCUCGUCACCUCUUUCUACAAGGAUGCUCCUUCAAAGAGUCUGACAUUGAUGCUGCCACUGCCAUGAUGCUCUUAAACUCUGCCCCUGGGCACCACGUUGACCCAUGCAAUUCUGACAGCCCGCUGGACCUCUCUCGACCUGACUCUGUCCUGGUUAGCAGCGAUCCAAAGCAGGACCACAACUACAGCAGCGUCGCUCUGCAGCGCUGUUCCUCCCGUUCCUCUUCUUCCUCUCUUUCUUCCCUGGACGAAGGCGGCUGUGAACGCAGGCAGUCUCGCCGCGCUGGCAGCGAGGGUUUCCACAGCGACGAAGACUCCGACCUCUGGGACGAGAGGGGCAUCCAGCAAACUUCUCGACGUCCGCCCGCCAUCAAGUGGCCCAUUAACAAAAGAGCACGGCGUGAGGUCAAGCCGGAGCUGGAUGAGGAGCUGAAGGAAGCUGCUGGCUCUUUGCUGCACCUUGCUGGUAUACGCAGCUGCAUGGAGGGCUCCAAACGCACUGUCAAGAGCACAAAACUUAACAGAAAAUGAAGCUCCCUUUUGCCCCAACUAGACUCCUCCGGACCCUGUGAACCCUAACCUCUGACCCCUGAUCGUGUAUCCCAGUGUGCCUCCUUCUCCUUACCUGAUCGUUUGCUGGCCAUUUUGAGCCUUUUUAUUUGUUUGGGAAUAUCUUUGUCCAACAAAACAAAUGGCAAUAGUAUCGUUCACACAGGAGAACAAAGCCAUAUAGAGUAACUUUGGGGCGGGUGGGGGGUUGGGCUAUGGAGGACCAUCAAGAUACCUAUCCAAAAUGACCUGCCUGCUUCUAUCGGAUUAGGAGAUUGUGAUUCAAGAAUUUUUCUCUGAAAGACAAAAUGGGAAAAAAAAUCUGAAGGUUUUAUAAUUCAAAACGUUGCAUGCUUCCUCCUCAAACCUGUAUCCUCUUCCAAGUGAAUCUAUUUAUGAAGCGAAUGAGUGCAUGUUUGUAAGAGACAAAAUCUAACCUCCUGGUGUUAUCAGUUUCUCCUCUUUGUGCUACAGAAAAAAAAUGCCACUAUUUCAAAUCCUCUUGUAAGAGAUGCAAUAAUUAAUCCUUGACCUUAACUUUUUUGACAUUAUUCCUUGGUGGCGUUUUUUUGGAGUCAAGUAUGCUAGUUCAACUUUACAAUUAAGAGAAUGACUUGAGUAGUAUUAUGAUCUUGUUAUGCGAUACACUUACUACACAUGAGCUUUGGCUCUUUCAGGAUUAGCAAGAUGAGGAAAUAGUAUUACUCUGCCACUGCCAAAUUGAGUUGCAAAGUUAGCUAUAGUACUUCGCUCGGUUUUGUGCAGCCAUUACAGUACAAGCUGUGUUUUUUUUUUGUUUUUGUUUUUUUCACCCCCCUUUCUUUUGCUCAAAUCCAGUGCUUAUCAUGUCCCUUAUCCUUAUUCACCAUUGUGUUUUUGACAUUUGUUGUGCAGAGACACAGCUUAUUUUUCCUGUUUGGUGCCAACCUAUGCAAAGUGAACAUCUGCCAGAUGUUUGCUGUGUGUUCAUAGGUUAUCCUCCAUAGAUUUUAAUUUUGUGUGCAUGUGUGUAUCAUAGUGCAUGUUGACUUCAACCUAAAUCUGAGAUGAAAGUUGCAAGGAAUAGCUUUAAAUAGUCACUUUUCUUACAAAUAUGGCUCCAUUAAAUAUGAUGAGCAUGUAUAAUGACAGAUCUCUUGUUGUGGGGCUGUGUUGUAAUCUGCUCGCUCCUGGUUAACGAUGAGGAACAGAGAUGGAUAGUGAAUUAACACGUCUUGCACCAUUAUUUGGGUGUGCAGUUUGUUUAUGUCUCUCUGUCUUCUUGGUUUUUGUUCCAUAUACUUAUAAAAAAUUCUAAAUUAUGCAGGUGAUCUACAUUUGAUUUAUCCGGGGGCCAAGUUUGUACACUUCUUGCAGGAAAAUGUUUCUGUUAUGGUUCAAAAUAUGUACAGAUCCACAGUAAGAUAAAUAGUGGGACAGUUUAGUCAUGAAUUGGGAGAAGUCCACUUGGGUGCUGACCUCAGUUUUGGCUGGCUGGCUGGCUAUGUUUGUUGCUCUUCCCCCUUAGAAGAAAAUAAGGAAGUACACAUUCUCUUCUCAAACUGCGAAGUGGAAGGUUUAUUGUCAGCUGAUUGCAUGAAGGGAAGUUGCGGACCACUUGUUUGGCUAGCCACAAUUGACAUUUAAUCUUUUAGAUAGGCCACAUUCUCAGCAUAAAAUACAAGGCAGCUUGGACGAGCACAACGUAAUAAACCGAAUGUUUCCUCCAACAGUACUAGUUUCACUGUGACUGUUAGUAUAGCAUGGACAGUCAGUGCCAAACAUUUUCAUGUGCCACUGAUGUUAAAAUUGCGAAGGGCCAUGGUCAUUAUGUUGCCAUACUGUUGUUGUUUUAUUUUCUUUAUUAAUGAUUGGAAGAUGGCUAUUCCAUAUAGUGACUUUACCAAUGUUUUGGUUUAUUUUGAUCACUUUAGAGUGGGAACUGUUGAUUGCAGAACAAGCUGCAGUUCUCAGAAUUGAUACUUGCAUACACUGGUCUUUUUUUAGCUGUGAAAAAAGAACAAAUUAUUGUUCAUCAAUCAUCACCUUAUUUAUAACUUUAAUUUAUGGGAUUUUUGAAUGCAGACUCUAUCAGACACUGGUCAUGUGAAAAAAAAAUGACUGGGCACAUUUAUUUUCCUUUGUGAACUCUUUUUACGAAUUUUUUGUUUAUUUUACAGCAAUACACUUAUUUUCUUGUUACAGUGAUUAAGUAUUUUGCCAAUGUUUAUUGUCUUUUGAGCAGGUUCCCCUCCUUCCCCAAUAUAACCGUGACUGCCAGACUUUCUUGAUGUCUUUGCUUUUGCUUUUUUUUUUCCAUUAGGCUGGAUAGAAGAGAUUUAAUUAACAUUGAUCCUGAAAACUUUUUUGUUGCCAAAACUGCUGUACAGGGGUACAGAAAUGAAAGCUAAGGCAUUCCCCGUGUACUGUAAAGGUUUUAUGAGGCUGAUUAAAUCAUUUUUACAUUUUUCACGUGGAUGGUUUUUGUUUAGGUUUUAUGACUUAAAUAGUCAGAAAUGUAAUAUUAGCUCUCAGUCACAUUACAGAUUAGAUUCUGCCAGUCAUCAUUGCUGAAAUGUUUGGAUUACCACUGUAAACUGGAUCAGAUUGACUCAGUCCCCAGGCAGCUGCUGUGUGGCGUCAGACCUACAUUCGAGUAUAGCGACAACUGCAGUGAAAUUAUGGAACGACUAGCAGAGGAAAGCUCUCACUCAUGCGUUCUGUAGCACUUGCAAAAACAAGGAUAUGUUGAUCUCAAAGUGACAGAGUUAAUGUUUGGACAAGGUACCUGAAUGAUUUUGCCUCCCAGGACUUACACAACUAAAAAAAUAAAAACAAACUAGUUGCUUAAUUGCUCAACAGCUGUCAUUGAUUAUGUGAUUUUAUUUUAUUUUAUUUUUGUUGUUGUUGCAGUUCCUUAGGAUAUAAUAAUUCUUGCAUUUGACAAAGCUGCCAACCCAGUAUCAGUUUGUCUGUUGUUUGCCAUGUCUAUUGGACUGACACACCUUUUGGUUUUUGUAUGCUAACCUCUGUUGAUAAAAUGUUUAUAAGAUUUAUUUUCGCCAAAGAUAUGCAAUUGCAUUAUAUAUGGUAUUACAAAAUAUUAAUAAAAUCCUGUUCUUGUUA